AUGGCCAACAGCUCCACACCGUCUUGGUUCCAUGGGAAACCAGAGGAAAACGCCCAAAACUUCCUGAAAGAAGUUGAUCGCUAUAUCAUACUCAACGAUCUGAAAAUGGAGGCGGCAAAACUCGAGAAGACAACGUGGGCAGACGUGCAGACCGAGUUCAGCAGUAGAUGGCCAGCAAUCACGGUCGCAGAGAAAACGGGGCUCGACUACCAGCGCGAGAUAUUAGCAUUACGCAUCAAUGAAGAGGAAGUGGGAACACAGGUCACAGUAGCAGGAGUCCCAACCUGGGCUCACCUGCAAUUCCGCGUCAAAAUGCAGCAAUUAGUUGCUGAGGCAGGAGCGAACGAGACAGCAGGACUGGUUUAUCAAGUCAGGGAGAACCUACCAACCGUAAUCAAGGAACUCACCACUCCAGGACUUGCGGAUUGGACGAAGUUUUUGGACGAAAUCAAGAGCAUCGAUACGAAUAAGCUGAGAGAGAAGGCAGAAGUAGCAAAGAAGAAGAAAGAAAAGGAAAAGGCACAGAACGCUCGACUAACCAGGCUAGAAGGGAUGCAGACAGACACAAUCGAAGUCUUGCGUCUGCAACUUCAGCGCAGCAACCUGGGAGUCACACCAUCCAACAUAAACGCACAACUUCCCACCAGCACAACACCUCGUAUACGCUACGUACCCAGACCAUCAACAACUGGACCACCAUCACGACAACGUCAACCACUUUCACAAGAAGAGAAGGACGCACUGUGCAGCCGCAUAGCGGAAAUCCCCCAUCACCCAGACACCCCCGCAGGGUUUACCGCAUACGAAGAACAACUCAAACAGUGGUUCACGAAGUACGGACAAGAUGGUCGGGUCAAUGAGAACACGCAGUUCCCCCUCCGCCCAGGCAGCGCAAUGAUAUGCUCAGGGGAAUGCUUCAAGUGUGGAUCGCACGGACACAUAGCGGGAGUCUGUCCAGCGCCAACGACGUCACAGUUGUCAAUUCAGGAGAAGAUAUGGAGGAGUAUUGCGGCACGAGAAUUAGGAAACUUCAACCGAGGACUCGCAACGCAAAUUGAUCUAAUGUUUGAAGACGAGUACGUGCAUCAAUGGGAACAGGGAAAAGGACAAGGGUCGUCAAUGUAG